AUGGACAGCUCCGUCGCCCUGGGGGAUGAGCAGCUGGACCCUCCGCUGCGACUCUUCGAGCGGCUGCGACAAAUCGCUGGCUACACAUGGGACGAGUCAAGAGACCCCUUCCACUCAAGUUACGAUAAUUGGCAGGUCUAUGGGUGGAAGGAUGUCCACAGCUCCCAGACCAGAGCAGUCACAAUCUCGAGGCCGGAAAUCGAGCUCAGCCACCCGUCCCAGGACCCCCAGACCGCUGGCGAGUAUAAGAGGACGGCGGCCAGUGAGAGCGGUAGCGAAUCUGCCUAUUCAUACGAUGAUAUUCCUGAGCGCCCCCGGAUCGAGAUUAUAGGACGCGUUUCAACGCAUGCCUUGCGAGAGGAACGGGCCUACCACAUCUGCAAGAACUUGAUCAAGAAGGUUGAUCCGGAAGGAGACCACCUCAUCCGGCCUCUGGAUAUUGCUCGCCUCACUAGUCAGCAGGGGGACAAAGACAAGGGCCCAAUUAUCGUCUGUAUCUUCGAGGCGCCUGGACCGAAUUCUCUCAACAAGAUUAUUGACUAUGGACCGGCUUGGUAUACAGCACGUAAAGUGGGAGGCAAAUACGAGGCGUUCCGGGACGAGUUUGAGGCUACGGAAACGGUGCCGUUGCAAACUUUCCUGGAUUUCGCUGUGGCAGCUACGGAGUGUCUUGAGAUCUUGCAUCAUGGCCAGAGAAUCGUGCACGGAGAAAUUAGGGGGGACGCCUUCCAUAUGAAUCCGUUGGACGGCAAGGUCCGGCUGAUCAAUUUUGGAUCUGGGUUGAGGACUUUUGAACAUGGGCUUACAAGCACUGGAUGGUCUACCCUUUCGAAGGAAGUAGGCGCUAAGACGAAGCUCUGCUACAUGAGUCCGGAACAGACUGGUCGGAUGCCUGCCGAGCCUGAUAGUAGGACGGACAUAUACUCUCUUGGGAUACUGUUCUGGACGAUGCUCACUCAGCUGCCUGCUUUCGAUGGGGAGACCCCGAUGGACAUCAUUCAAGCUGUGUUAGGACGACGACUGCCACUUGUGUCGAGCAUCCGAAUGGACAUCCCCGAUGUUAUUGGAAGGAUUAUCCAGAAGAUGACUGCCAAGAUUAUUGGGGAUCGCUAUCACUCCGUGAGCGGUCUGAGAUACGAUUUGAUGGAAGUAAGAAGGCUUUUAGGAGUUGGAGAUUCGGCUACGCUGCGGAAUUGGCCUAUUGCUACCAAAGAUGUCUCUUCGUUCUUUAUACUGCCCACUGCUAUGAUCGGUAGGACCCAGGAGCAUGAUGAUGUCGUCAAGAUUAUCGACAAGGUGUCCAGGCGCCAUAUUGUUGGCCAAAAACAGGAUAUCUAUAGUAUAUCGUCUGGGUCAAGUUUGUCCGAAAGCCGUCUUGAGAUGUUCGAAGCCGCCAUUGGGGCCGAGCUCUCGAGCGAGGAUGAAACUACCAGCUCAUAUGAUGGGAUGUCGAAUUCCCUGGGGAACUUUGCCGCGCUGUCUAAUGAGCUCAAAUCCUUUAAGAGUGGCUCCAGCCAGUUGCGUUCCGCUACAGGUUCCAUCUCCUCUCAGGCCAACUAUCCCGAGAAUAACGACGCCUCAUCUCGUCAUAGCAAACCCAAACCCUGGGCAAAGAAUAACUCGAUAGCCAUGGACUCCAUAGAGAACAGAAGCCUCCUCGAAAGUACUUCCGACGCAACUGGUCCGAGAAGUUCAGAAGGUGCUGGGAGUCUGAUAAGUCGUCAAAACAGCCAUAAAUUUCGGCGCAAAGGGCGGUGUGAAGUUAUUGGCAUUGCAGGAGCCGCAGGGUUGGGCAAGAGCUGCCUCGUCCAGUCCGUUCAGAUUGAAGCACGCAGGAGAGGGUAUUUUGCAAGCUCCAAGUUUGACCAGGCGAAGAAAACACCAUUUGGGCCGGUUCUCAGACUGCUAUCCAGCUUGUUUAAACAAGUAUUUUCAGAGAGCAACACAGAUACCGCUUUUCAUCAGGGCCUCAAGUCAUUCGUUAAACCGGCCUGGCCCAUGCUGCAUAGAGUCUUGGGGCUUCCCGAGUUUCUCUUGGGAUCGAUGAGCGGUGGCCCGACACGCAGGCAUGGGAGCCACUUGUCCCAUAGUUACAACAAAAGUUUACGUGCCGAGAUGAAACGAGAUUCCUCUCCCUCCUCGAGUUCUCCACCCAGUUUUUACGGCCUGACUGUAGGUUCCCAGACAUCUCAAGACUUCCUGCGAAAUGGGUCGUCAACGAAAUCCGUCCGGCUCAUGAACACCUUUCUCGAUGUCUUGCGGGUCUUUACCCAACAUAAAUUUAUCUGCUUCUGCUUGGACGACCUACAAUUCGCCGACGAUGAGUCAAUCGACCUGAUUGGACAGAUCAUAUCUUCUAGGAUGAAGAUGGUUAUAAUUGUUACUUACCGGCCUGACGAGGUCCUUCCAGAGAGGAUCAAGGGCAUAAUAGAACCUCCCGAUUCUGAGGGUAUCAGUCUGAGUCCCCUUAUCCUCGUGGUACCUGGCCAUGCUGACACUAUUGUAGAAUACGUAAAAGGGGGAGGUGUUGGCGUGACACGGAUAGUCCUAAAACCCCUGAAUGAAGACGAUAUAAAGAAGUAUGUCGCUGCCACACUUUCCCGAUCAGAAGCCUACAUCGUCCCUUUGGCAGCCGUGAUUCAGUCUAAAACAGCUGGCAACCCCUUCUACAUAAGAGAAAUGCUAGAAAGUUGCCAUCGAAAACAAUGCAUCUACUAUGACUUCAAAGAAAGUGGGUGGUGCUACGAUCUAGAUAAAAUCUUCAAGCAGUUCGAGACCAAGAGCUACCACGACACUUUAAAUAGCGCUUUCGUCACGAGUCGCCUGAGUGAGUUGCCCGCGGCCUCGAGGUCGAUACUUGCGUGGGCUUCAUUAAUCGGCCAUUCCUUUUCAUUUGAGUUGAUACAGAGGCUUUUGAGCGGCGAGUUCGAUUACGAUGAUUCUGCCUCGAACAUGGAUGUUGACCAUCCUUAUUCUUUGUCUCACUCGCAACAGGAUGCCGUGGAAGGUCUUCAAGCCGCAAUUCAAGCCUACAUCAUCGUUGCCACACAGGACGACGACAGAUUUCGCUUCGCGCAUGACCGAUAUAUGCAAGCAGCUACCGCUCUUGGCGAAUGUAAUGCACCAAAGAUGCACUUCAUCAUUGCCCGGACUCUUCUCAAAUACAGCUCUGCUGGUGAGCGAGAGCAAUCAGAAAUUGCCGAGCAUAUUGGCGAGUCGAUCGAUAUCAUCCGACGGCGGGUUCUUCACCGACAGUCGUUCAGAACGCUUCUUGCCAAUUGUGCGCAGUCUGCUGCAGAGCGCGGGGCUCGUCCAACAGCCGCGAGGUUUUAUAAUCAUUGCUUUGCCCUAUUACAGGAUGAGCCUUGGACUGACGGUCUACCCGAUGUUUAUUACGACGAAACUCUUCAGUUACACACCAGAGCUGCAGAGACGUACCUGUAUAUGGGUCAAUAUGCUGAAGCCAAGCGUAUCUUGGCUAACGUCUUCGCGUAUGCAAAGACUCCAGUCGAUAAGGCCCCUGCUUGGGUGCUGCAAUCGAGAGUGUACGCCCAGGAGGGCGAUUCUUCAGCUGGUUUCCGGGCUCUGAAGCAAUGCCUUGGUGCUCUCGACAUUGGAGUUGACGAUCAUCCUAGUUUCGAAAAGUGUGACGAGGAGUUCGAGCGACUGUCUCUUAAGAUCCAGUCGAUGGAAGCCAAGGAAAUCGUCCACCGCUCGAUGACGAAAAGCUCAACCUUCGCGGCGAUUGGAGCAGUGCUGGUAGAGGCCAUAUCAGCUGCAUUCUGGACCGAUACUCUGACUUUCUACCAGAUGGCUCUAGUCAUGGUAAACACACAGAUCAACCUGGGUAGCUUCCCUCAAGCAGGCAUGGCUUAUCUUCACCUCGCGAUGAUAGCUUGCACUAGAUUCAAUAUGAUAAAAUUUGCCUGCGACAUGGGCGAAAUCUGCAAAACUCUGCUCUCUGAUUGGAGUGACCAAUAUACUUCUGGGCGAGGCAACACAGUCUACGCACUCUUUGUCGGGCAUUUACAUUGUAGCAUCCAGGACUCGCUGAGAGAACUGGAUGGCGCCCUGGACCAUGCGAUUCAUGUGGGGGAUCGUGGCUCGACAAUCCUGAACUUUGGCCUGGUUGGAAGUCUAAGGUUUUUUGCAUCAGAGAACUUGACGGAGCUGGAGUCUUUUCUUCAUUAUGGUUGUGAGGAGGUACCGAAUUGGCAUCUGGAUACUCGUGGAGGGACGAUGGCUAGUAAGUACAUAUCUGAUCCUGCCUACAUCAAGAAGCCAGAAAUUUGCACAAACGUUCUCGCAAAAUGGGAGCAUGAGUUUGCGGUCCGGCAAGCUUGCAGAGCAUUACAGGGCCGGACGCAUACAAGCGAAUCUUUGGAUAUUAUGAGUGACGAGCAUCAUGACUCUGUGUACUACAAGAAGUGGCUUCAAGGAUCAAUGAGAAACAGCGACCGGCCGCUGAUUCUCUACGAAGGCUUUGAGAUGGCACCUCUGUUUCUGUACGGGCACUAUUCGCGAGCCGUCGACCUAGGAAACCAUUGCCUGGAGAACAUAGCCUCGGUCUGGUCUGCCCGUAUUACGCGAUUCGUAUACUUCAUGCACGGAUUAUCCCUCGCUGGGUUGAUGUGGCACACACUCCAAGACCCCUUAAAAGCAAUUAGUCAAGGUACUGACGGUCAUCAUGUAAGUAUUGACGCACAGCCGAAGGAGCUUGUCAAAGAAAUCUCAAAAGUUGUGCAGCAAAUCAAGCGCCACAAGAAGAUGAUCGAAGACUGGCAGACCGUUAACAAUGUCAACUACCUCGCCUGGUCGAAGUUACUCGACGCUCAAAUUGCCGAAAUGGAAGGAGACCAUGGCGCGGCGUUGUAUGCCUUUGAAGUGAGCUUGGAUCACGCGGCAGCCAACAGCUUUCUGUUCGAGGAAGCGCUGGGCAACUACUUACAAGCUGGAUUCUUUCUACGAACUGGGUCACGGAGAGCAGCCAAAGCCUCUUUGCGCGAGGCUACGGCCCUUUAUCGUAUGUUCGGUGCUGUUGGGGUUGCGAAAUACAUCGAAGACGAGCACAGUCUUCUACUACAGGGUCCAACACGAGAUGAUAGAACUGCAGAUGCCGCGGCUCAAACAGACUUUGCAGGCGACUCGGCUGAUGUCCAAUAUACGACAUUGGAAGGAGAUGACGAUGAUAUGCGGCAACAAACACGCGCCUCAUUGACCACAGAGACAAAAGGGGACAGAAUUGGAGCCUGGCAAGGAGGCUCUGCACGGCCCCCCGCAGGCUCCAGUCUUUCCGCGUUAGACAUGCUGGACUUGACGUCCAUUCUCGAGAGUUCGCAAGUUAUCUCUAGUGUCUUGCAGGUCGAUCAAUUACUCAAGACCAUGUGUGAGAUUAUCUUGCAGAAUUGCGGGGGUCUGGCAACUAUGGCGGCUAUCAUUGUUGAAGAGGAUGACCCAGUCGGCUGGAGUAUCGCUGCCAGUGGAGACCCGGAAAAGGGGGCCGUGGCUCAUAUCCCUGGACUCCCAUUGGCCGAAACAGCUCUUGUUGCUGAAGGUGUGAUUUUUUACUGUACACGCUUUCGCGAGACUAUCUUCCUGCCUGAUUUAAUCCACGAUGAGCGUUUCAGCAAUGUCACCGAUGCAUGGGCCACCAGAAACCCUGUGGGAAAGUCUGUGAUUGCUAUACCCAUCUGUCAUGGAGUAAAGCCGCUGCUAGGUGUUCUGUAUCUGGAAGGCGAGCCCAAUGCCUUUACGGAUCGCAAUCUGACUGUGCUGCAACUCCUCGUCAACCAAAUCGGAAUCAGUUACUCUAAUGCUCUAACACUCAAGGAAGUGGAGAAGGUUUCUGCUUUCAACAACUCUAUGGUUGAUGUGCAAAGGAAAGCUCUCGCAAAAGCUUUGGAAGCUGAGAAGCAGGCCAAUGCUUCCAAAGCUGAGGCUCUUCGGAAUGUCAAAUUGGCAGAAGAAGCUGCUAAAGCCAAGUCUAUAUUCUUGGCCAAUGUGUCCCAUGAGCUUCGGACACCGCUCAAUGGAGUUAUCGGUAACUCGGAGCUAUUGAGGGAUAGUGAUCUUACGAAAGAUCAGGCCGAGAUGGCAGACUCGAUCCGUGUCUCAGCUGAUUUAUUACUGACAGUGAUCAACGACAUCUUGGAUUUUUCCAAGAUGGAGGCAGACAAAAUGGAGCUUUACGUCGUUGCAUUCAAAGCUGACGAGUUGAUGCGGGAGGUGUUCCGAUCCGUAUCUUACAGCAACCGCGACAAGAAGAAUGUCAAGAAUGUUGAGAUCCUGCAGGAUAUCAGUCUUCCUCAAUGUCUGAUAUUUGGCGACCCUGUUCGGUUGCAUCAGGUUCUCGGCAACCUCGUUUCGAACAGCCUCAAGUUCACUGAGAAUGGUUCGAUCACCAUUGGUGCGAAGACUGAUGCGGAAACGGCUGACGAGGUCACAUUGACAUUCUGGGUCAGGGAUACUGGUAUCGGAAUCCCCCCCCAACAACUCUUCAAGCUUUUCAAGCCCUUCAGUCAAGCUGAUGCUAGCACUGCUCGAAAGUAUGGUGGUAGUGGACUAGGUCUCAGUAUCUGCAAGUCCCUCGUUGAAUCUAUGAUGGGCGGCAGAAUCGAGCUCGAAAGUGUGGAGGGCGAAGGCACGCUGGCCUGGUUCUCAGUCACCUUUCCCAAGGCCAAAGAAGCUUCUGCAGGAGACAGUCAAAACGGGACGGAUUAUGUUGAUCACAUGUCUUCGCGGAAUAACGAGUCCCAUAGCUCGCCGACACCGUAUACGCACUUCUCUCAUGUCGAGCGCGACGCACUGCGUAUUUGCAUUGCGGAAGAUAAUCCUGUCAACCAGAAGAUUGCGGUUCAGUUUAUGCACAAGCUGGGCUUCAAGCACGUGGAUGCUUACGACAAUGGUCUUCAAGCUGUAGAAGGGUUGAGAGCGAAAGCGAAUGAGGGGACGCCGUAUCACAUUACUCUUAUGGACGUCCAGAUGCCUGUGCUAGAUGGCUACGAGGCCACGAAGCUGCUGCGAAGAGACCCAAUCGACGCUGUUAGAGGCGUCUUAGUCAUUGCCAUGACUGCCUCUGCCAUCCAAGGCGACAGAGAGAAGUGCCUAGAAUCGGGCAUGAACGAUUACUUGGCUAAGCCUGUACGGUCGAACGUGCUAAAAAAGAAGCUGGAUCAGUAUAUUCUACAGCCUCCAAUUGCAGUCCCGAACCUCGACUCAGAUGCGAAGCAGAUAACCAAUAAAGUGCUCCGCGAAAUGAAUGGAGCAAGCAUUCCAAAUUCUCCGGGCACGUCCGGGACCGCUACGGCUAUCGCGACGCCCGAUUGCGUGCAAUCCCCUCCCAGCCCCCCAGCCUCCAAGUCCCAGGAUAAACAGCCACCAGCUAGGCUCCGCCAACUUAGUCGUACGAGAACAGCUGAAAAGGUGCCGACGUUGGAUUUAGGUAGCGCUGAGGGCUCACUUGAGAAUGUUGAUACCAAUGUGCCGAAAUCGACGAUACUUCAUGAGGAGGACGUGAGCCCGAAGAGUAUCACACGGAACCUCAUCGGUGCGAGGGAGAGGAGGGAGACAAAGAGCGAUUCGGGGAAGUGA